AUGGCCGUCAUCCUCUCCUCCGCGGCGCCAACGACACUGACUACUACUCCCGCGCGACCCCGGAGGCAGCCGAGGAGCGGCCUCCGCGGGGGCCUCGCGGCGCGCCUUUCCGGCGCGCUCGGCCUCGCGCACGCGGGCGCCGGCGCCGCACUCGCCGCGCCGCUCUCCUACGAGGAGGCGCUUCGCCUCUCGUCCGACUCCGGCGGUGACGGGGCCGGGUUCGCGCUCCCGGACCUCAACCUCGACCUCGACGGGCUCGUCGACUUCGUCAACGAGAACCCUCUCGUCGUCGCGGCAGGCGUCGCGGCCGUCGCGCUGCCGCUGCUCCUCGCGCAGGUUCUCGGCGGCGGCGGCAGCUCCAAGCCAUACGCCGUCGUGUCCGCCAGGGCGGCCUACCAGCGGCUGCUCGAGGAGCCCGACGCGCAGCUCGUCGACAUCAGGCCGCUCAAGGAUGCACGGGAGGCCGGCACGCCUGAUCUCAAGGAUGCCAAGAAGAAGGCGGCUGCCGUGCCGUACAACGGGGAGGACAAGAAAGGAUUCUUGAAGAAGCUGACACUGAGGUUGAAGGACCUGGAGAACACCACGCUGGUCAUCCUUGACAAAUUUGAUGGGAACUCUGGACUAGUUGCUGAGCUUGUCACAGCCAAUGGUUACAAAGCUGCUUUUGCAGUGAAGGAUGGUGCAGAAGGAAGCCGAGGAUGGAAGAGCAGUAACCUUCCCUGGAAGGCUCCUGCAAAAGGAUUCAGUUUUGAUUUGGGCGAGCUAUUUGGGGACGGUUCAGAUGGUUUGCCUGUGACAAUUGGUCUCGCUGCAGCUACUGGUUUGGGAGUACUUGCCUACACAGAGAUUGAGACUUUGCUACAGUUUUUGGGGUCAGCUGCUGUUGUUCAGCUAGUGGUAACCAAGCUCUUGUAUGCCGAGGAUCGACAGAAGACACUUAAACAGAUCGAUGAGCUCUUGAACAAGAAGGUUGCUCCAAAGGAGCUUGUUGACGAAAUAAAGGAAAUUGGGCAGGCUCUACUACCUUUACCUGGUGAUGCUAAAAGCCAACCAGCACCAGCAACAGCGACUCCAGUUGCUGCCACACCAACAAAAGCUGCUCCUGCUGCUGCCACACCAAUACCUCUUUCACCUUAUACAAAUUACCCAGAUCUCAAACCGCCGUCACCCCCUGGCAGCACUGUGACUGAAGGCCCAGCAGCGGUCAAUUCUGCACCUGUAGCAGACGCUAGCACGGAAUCAUCUCCUCCUCCUCCUACCCCCAGACCUCAGUCACCUUACCCUAAUUAUCCAGAUUUCAAACCACCGUCCUCGCCUGCGCCGUCACCAUCUUAA